AUGGAACAAUGCAAAGAACCGAGUGUGGCUAAAGAAGCAGUUUUGCAGGAAAGUUCCAAGUUGCCAGAAAACACUCCAAAAAUACAUGGCUACGAUUGGAACGAAGGAUACAGCUAUGAGAAAUUGUUCAGCUCGUACGUACACAGUGGCUUUCAGGCGACGAAUCUUGGGAGGGCAAUUGAAGAAGUGAACAAAAUGAUUGCUGCACGGCAAGUGCCAUUGCCGGAGGACAAAUUAGACACGUACGAAGAGGAUGAAUUCAUAAAGCGGCAAAAGAACUGUACAAUCUUCCUUGGAUAUACCUCCAACAUGGUGUCAGCCGGAGUGCGGGAAACGAUUCGCUUUCUGGUGCAGCACCAUAUGGUGGACUGUAUCGUAACGACGGCAGGGGGCGUUGAGGAAGAUUUAAUCAAAUGUCUGGCCCCCACAUACCUCGGUUCUUUCGAGCUGGUGGGCCGUGAAUUGCGCGAACGUGGUAUCAACCGAAUAGGUAAUCUGCUCGUACCGAAUGAAAAUUACUGCAAGUUUGAGAAUUGGGUCAUACCCAUCCUUGACGAAAUGCUACAAGAGCAGAAGAGCGUGGGAACGCUUUGGACACCAUCGAAAGUGAUCGCAAGGUUGGGUGAAAAAAUUAACGAUGAAUCGUCGAUUUAUUACUGGGCUGCCAAAAACCGCAUUCCCGUGUUCAGUCCCGCCCUGACCGAUGGAAGUCUGGGCGAUAUGAUGUACUUUCACUCUUUUCGUAAUCCGGGACUGGUGGUGGACAUAGUGUCGGAUUUACGGCGGCUCAACACGAUGGCUGUGAAGGCGGUUCAAUCGGGUAUUAUCAUUGUUGGGGGCGGUGUCAUAAAGCAUCACAUUUGCAACGCGAACCUGAUGCGAAAUGGGGCCGAUUAUUCCGUGUUCAUUAACACGGCAUCGGAGUACGAUGGGAGUGAUAGCGGAGCGCGACCGGAUGAGGCCGUGUCAUGGGGUAAAAUCAAAAAGGAUGCUACACCGGUGAAGGUGUACGCAGAAGCUAGUCUGGUGUUCCCGAUACUGGUCGGGGAAACGUUUGUAAAGAAUCAUUAUCGGAAAAAAUAA